CAGAAAAAAAAAAAAAAUCGAACCAAGACUAGUUGAAGUGGCACUGAACUGAACUGAACUGCUCGGAAAUCAGCGGCGAUUAAGUUGAAGCAGCGAUGAAAGAGUUAACUUCCAACGAAUCUCCAUUCCCUAAGCUCUCUUUAGACGAGAUAUUGGAAUUGGAAAGAAUUUACAAUGACGUCGGAGAAAAAUCACUUGAUCCCAAUUUCUGCAAGGAUAUUGCUGCAAAUUUUAGCUCUUCAUCUAACAGUGAUGGUAAAACUUCUUUAACAUGGGAACAGGUGCAGCAGUGGUUGCAAAAUAAACAUACAGAGACAAAGGGUCACUUUGCUUCAUCACCUGAGGGGCUGAACCUAGUUGUUGAUCUUUCCGGCAAAUCUUCUUCGAUAAAGGGAAAUAAAAGCUCUCCGAAACCAAAAGGUAUUCAAGCUGCAGAUCUGUCAGAAUUAGCAUUUGAAGCGGUAUCUAUAAAAGACAAUGCAUGGCAUGAUGUUUCAAUGUUUCUGAACUAUAGAGUACUAUGCACAGGGGAACUUGAAGUUCGUGUACGAUAUCAUGGAUUCGGUAAGGAUGAAGAUGAAUGGAUUAAUGUGAAAUAUGGGGUGCGACAGAGAUCCAUCCCAUUGGAAGCUUCAGAGUGUCACAAGGUGAAGGAAGGACAUCUUGUACUAUGUUUCCAUGUAAAAUCUGAUUAUGCCCUCUAUUGUGAUGCUAUUGUAUUGAAAAUCCAGAGGAGGGAACAUGAUAGCGAAGAGUGUAGCUGCAUCUUCACUGUCCGGUUUUACCAUGACAAGUCUGAGGAAGAAGUUCGUUGGGACAGUUUGUGCUGUAGGCCAACACAAGAAGAAUCUGAGGUCCCCUUUGAAUUAGAACCUACCAUGAACCCCAUAGCGAACUUGUGGGGAUGAAAAAGAACCAAUUUUUAUUUUGUACUUUCCUUUUUUUCUUUUAGGGAACUGUAUUUCUUGUUUGUUACCAUGUGAAUAAGAAGAUUUUGAACGAAGUCACGUGUAUCCGUUGUAUAAGGAUAUUUUUCAAACUACUAAGAAGAUCUUUACUCAAUAGACUGGUGACAUCAUGCUCUAUGAUGAUAAACAUAAGUAUAGUCGUGAUUGUAGGACAACUUUUAUUUUCUUACAAGAUACUGGAGAAUAAAAUCCUACCAGCUGUUAUCCAGUUUUGCGAUU